AUGGCAGACCCUGAGGAGACUUUCGGCCUGCAAGCCUCUCCCGGUUCUGGUUCCGAUUCGAGGGAGGUAGCAAGCGAAGCCAAAGCCGAGAAGCCCAACGGCACGCCCGGCAAGUCGCCGUCCUCGCAAACUACAUACAUCCAGCAGGUCAGUAUAGGUAUGGAGGGUAUAAAAGUGUACCUUCACGAGAGGGAACUGUGGGUGAAGUUCCACGAGGUGGGCACCGAGAUGAUCAUCACCAAAGCGGGCAGGCGAAUGUUCCCCAGCUUUAAAGUGAAAGUCACCGGCCUGAACCCCAAAACAAAAUACAUCCUGCUGAUGGAUGUCGUACCCGCAGAUGAUCAUCGAUACAAGUUUGCUGAUAAUAAAUGGUCGGUGACAGGGAAAGCUGAGCCUGCCAUGCCCGGGAGGCUGUACGUGCACCCCGACUCUCCGGCUACGGGGGCCCACUGGAUGCGGCAGUUGGUCUCCUUCCAGAAGCUCAAGCUGACCAACAACCACUUGGACCCGUUCGGACACAUCAUCUUGAACUCGAUGCACAAAUAUCAGCCCAGGAUCCACAUCGUCAAGGCGGACGAGAAUAAUGGCUUCGGCUCCAAGAACACCGCCUUCUGCACGCACGUCUUCCCUGAGACCGCCUUCAUAGCCGUAACUUCCUACCAGAAUCAUAAGAUAACGCAGCUUAAAAUUGAGAACAACCCAUUUGCCAAAGGCUUUCGGGGAAGUGAUGACAUGGAACUGCAUCGGAUGUCCAGAAUGCAAAGCACCAAGGAAUACCCAGUAGUACCUCGCAGCACAGUACGCCAACGAGUGAGCUCCAGCCAGAGCCCGUUCAGUGGGGAAGUCCAAGGCCUGGCCACCCCAAGCACCUUGAGCUCGCAAUACCCCCAGUGUGAGAAUGGGGUGACCAGUACUUCACAGGACUUGUUGCCCCAGUCGGGCUCCUAUCCUCUCCCCCAUGAGCAUGGCCAGGAAUACAACUGCAUCAAGAGGAAAGCGGAUGAUGACUGUCAGUCAAGCGAGCAUAGCUACAAGAAAGCCUACUUGGAGAGCUCCUCCAGCGAAGACGAUCAUUACUAUCGCCCAGUGGGCUAUGCGCAGAGUUUGGGCCUGGCUGCUGGGCCCUAUCGCAGCGAGUCCAGCCAGCGGCAGGCCUGCAUGUAUGCCGGUGCCUCACAGAGUGCAGAGCCAGUUCCCAGCCUGGAAGACAUCAGCUGCAAUACCUGGGCUGGCAUGUCACCCUACGGGGGCUGCUCGGUAGCCACCAUGCAGCCUAUGGAGAGACUGCCCUACCAACACUUCUCAGCUCAUUUCACAUCCGGUUCUCUGGUGUCCAGACUCGGCGGGGUGGGGACCCACUCUUCGCCUCAGCUGGCUGAUGGUCACCAUCCAGCCAUGUACCAGAGCUCCAUGACACACCAGACUCUGGGUCGCCAGUGUAGCCCCGGUGCCGGAAUCCAGUCACCGACCUCCAGCCUCCAGGGGAACGAGUACCUGUACACACACGGCAUACCGCGCACACUAUCGCCUCACCAGUACCAUGCCGUUCAUAGUGUCAGCAUCAUGCCAGAGUGGAACGACAACAGCUAG